GGUGUCGCGGUGCAUGAAUAUUGAUUACGCAGCGCCGCGCCGAGCGCCCGCCCCUCUCGACUGCCGACGCUCACUGCUCGCGUUCCGGCUCGCGAUGGGGAAGAAGUCCCGGGCGGUACCCGGCCGCAGGCCUAUCUUGCAGCUCUCUCCGCCAGGCCCUCGGAGCAGCACGCCGGGCCGGGAUCCGGAGCCGGAGCCCGACACUGAGGCGGAGUCGGCCGCCGCGGCCCCUAGCCAGCCGGCCCCGGCGGCGGCGCCUGCGGCGACCACGGCGACGGCGACCACGCCGACCCCCGCGGUCACUGCCGCCACGGCGGCCCCCGAGGACUCCCCGUCUGAAGGUAGAGAUGAACAGGAAGUGGUGGUGGAGGUUCCCAAGGUGGUUCAGAAUCCUCCAAAACCAGUCAUGACCACCAGACCCACAGCCGUUAAAGCAACAGGUGGUCUUUGUUUACUUGGUGCUUAUGCUGACAGUGAUGAUGAUGAGAGUGAUGUUUCUGAAAAACCAGCACCUUCCAAGGAAGCAAAUGGAAACCAGUCGACUGAUAUUGAUAGUACACUAGCUAACUUUCUAGCGGAGAUUGAUGCCAUAACAGCUCCUCAGCCUGCAGCUCCUGUAGGAGCUUCUGCUCCACCUCCAACUCCACCUCGACCAGAACCAAAAGAAGCAACAACGUCUGCCCUUUCUUCUGCUACUUCAAAUGGAACAGACUCAACCCAAACAUCAGGGUGGCAGUAUGAUACUCAGUGUUCGCUGGCAGGAGUCGGAAUUGAGAUGGGAGAUUGGCAAGAAGUCUGGGAUGAGAAUACAGGAUGCUAUUAUUAUUGGAACACACAAUCAAAUGAAGUAACUUGGGAGUUACCUCAAUAUCUUGCCACCCAGGUACAGGGAUUACAGCAUUACCAACCCAGUUCUGUAACAGGUGCUGAAGCUAAUUUUUCAGUGAAUACAGAGAUAUAUACUAAGGAGAAAACUGUUUCUGUUUCCAGUAGUAAAAGUGGACCAGUUGUAGCCAAGCGAGAAGUUAAAAAGGAAGUAAAUGAAGGAGUUCAGGCUCUGUCAAAUAGCGAGGAGGAGAAGAAAGGAGUGGCCGCAUCACUGCUUGCUCCUUUAUUGCCUGAAGGAAUAAAAGAGGAAGAAGAGAGAUGGAGAAGAAAAGUAAUUUGUAAAGAAGUAGAGCCGGUUUCUGAAGUGAAAGAAACAAGUACCACGGUAGAAGAAGGAGCAACAGUAGUAAAGCCACAGGAAAGUAUGUUGGACAAUGUAGAAGACCCUGCUCAGGAGGAUCUUUGCAGUGUUGUUCAAUCCGGAGAGAGUGAGGAGGAAGAGGAGCAAGAUACCCUUGAGCUGGAGCUGGUUUUGGAAAGGAAAAAGGCAGAAUUACGAGCCUUGGAGGAAGGAGAUGGUAGUGUAUCGGGGUCUAGUCCACGUUCUGAUAUCAGCCAACCAGCAUCUCAAGAUGGAAUGCGUAGACUUAUGUCUAAAAGAGGAAAAUGGAAGAUGUUUGUUCGAGCUACCAGUCCAGAAUCCACAAGCCGGAGUUCUAGUAAGACUGGACGAGAGACUCCUGAAAAUGGUGAAACUGCAGUUGGUGUUGAAAAUUCAGAAAAAGUAGAUGAGAAUUCAGACAAAGAGAUGGAAACGGAAGAAUCUUCAGAGAAGAUAAAAGUACAAGCAGCACCUAAAGCAGAAGAAGAACAAGAUUUGAAAUUUCAGAUUGGAGAACUGGCAAAUACCCUGAUGAGUAAAUUUGAGUUUUUAGGCAUUAAUAGACAGUCCAUCUCCAACUUUCAUGUGCUACUUUUACAGACUGAGACUCGAAUUGCAGACUGGCGGGAAGGGGCUCUUAAUGGAAACUACCUUAAACGAAAACUCCAGGAUGCAGCAGAACAACUAAAACAGUAUGAAAUAAACGCCACACCUAAAGGCUGGUCCUGCCACUGGGACAGGGAUCAUAGACGAUAUUUCUAUGUAAACGAACAGUCGGGCGAGUCUCAGUGGGAAUUCCCAGAUGGUGAGGAGGAGGAAGAAGAAAGCCAAGCACAAGAAAAUAGAGAUGAGACCGUUCCUAAAUCGACCUUGAAAGAAAAAACUGCUGCUGAUUCAAAUUCUACAGAAACCUCUGAGAAUUCUACAGGUUCUCUUUGUAAAGAAUCCUUUUCUGGUCAAGUUUCUUCUUCAUCACUCAUGCCACUGACUCCAUUCUGGACCCUCCUUCAGUCAAAUGUGCCUGUGCUUCAGCCACCAUUACCUUUGGAAAUGCCACCGCCUCCACCUCCACCCCCAGAAUCCCCUCCUCCCCCACCGCCCCCACCUCCUCCUGUAGAAGAUGGUGAGAUCCAAGAGGUAGAGAUGGAGGAUGAGGGAAGUGAAGAACCUCCUGCCCCAGGAACAGAGGAGGAUACUCCCUUGAAACCUUCAUCACAAACCACAGUUGCAACUACCCAGAGUUCGGCUGAUUCUACCAUCUCUAGUUCUCCUUCCAUUAAAGCGAUAAAGAGAAAAGCUACAGAAAUGAGUACUGCAGUGGUUCAGAGAUCAGCUACCAUUGGCAGUUCUCCAGUCCUCUAUAGCCAGUCAGCUAUAGCUACAGGUCACCAGGCCACAGGGAUUGGACACCAGGCAAUAUCAGUUAGCCAUCCAGCAACAGGAAUGGGUCAUCAGACCAGAGGAAUGAGCCUGCAGUCAAAUUACCUUGGACUAGCAGCAGCACCCGCAAUUAUGAGUUAUGCGGAAUGUUCUGUUCCAAUUGGAGUUACUGCUCCCUCAUUACAGCCAGUUCAGGCACGAGGUGCUGUGCCUGCCACUGCUAUUAUAGAACCGCCGCCGCCGCCGCCUCCUCCUCCUACACCACCACCACCACCACCAGCUCCCAAAAUGCCACCACCUGAAAAGACGAAAAAGGGAAAGAAAGAUAAGGCAAAAAAAAGUAAAACCAAAAUGCCAUCAUUGGUAAAGAAGUGGCAGAGUAUCCAGCGUGAGCUAGAUGAAGAGGAGAACUCCAGUUCCAGUGAAGAAGAUCGGGAAUCCACUGCACAGAAGAGAAUUGAAGAGUGGAAACAGCAGCAGCUGGUCAGUGGCAUGGCAGAAAGAAAUGCUAAUUUUGAAGCCCUUCCUGAGGAUUGGCGAGCAAGACUAAAGAGAAGGAAAAUGGCUCCAAAUACAUAGUUAAAAAAUUUUUUUUUAAUUUAUGUGUAUGUGUAUUCAGUUCAGAGUCUUAAAGCCAUUGUCAAAUAAACUAUACAUGUUAUGGUGGAGAACAUAUCAAUUUCCUGGGCAAGAGCAUAUACGUAUAAAUUUUUCACAUUUGUGAAAUGUGAUUUUUCUGUUUUCCUGAUGGGAGAGAUUAUUGGAAUUGUUUUGAGCUGACUGCCUUUAUUCUGGAGAACUUCGUGUCAGGUGUAUUAAUCAUCACUCUGAAGACCAUGUGGCGCCUAUGAGUAUGGCACGUUUAGCUGAGGACUCAUUGACAAAAAGUAAAGGAUUAUCCUGCCUAAUGGAGCUCAUUUACUUCUACUCCAAAACAAGUGCAAUUAAGAAGGCAGCUCUUUACUCUGUCUUGCUUGAAUGGGAUUGGCAGGAUCUCUUUUUUGACCUCUUCCUCUGGUCUGCCACUCCUGAAGUGCUGGUCUUUGUGGCUUACCUUGUCCUGAGAGCCUUGCUGUAGUUCUCACAAAUCAUAGAUCUGGCAGCUUGGUCAUCUCACACACUAGGUAGCUUAUUUCAGUGUUACACAGGCAGCAAUAGCAGCAGGUGUUUAUCCUUGAUUUUGAGAAUUUGUCCCUCAACUAUGUGGUAGUAAAAGUGCUAAGAGCCACUCUGUGUAUUAAUGUAUCUCCAGUGUCUUACGCUGUUCCAAGACUCACUCUCCUGUGUGUGAAUGUGUUCUCCAUGAAAUUCCAAUAUUUAAAAAGCAGUUUAUGUUCUGUACUUCUGUUGUAUCGCAAUCAGGUAAAAGUCACUUUAAACUGAAGAAAAGGCAAAUUGUGUUUUAAGGCUGUUUAUAUUUCUCCAGUUUGUGACCAUGUAAAUUUGUAUAUAUGCACUAAUAAAGUUUUUUUAUACUUCC